UUGCUUUGACCAAGUGGAGUGGAAUUCAGCUCUUGAAUUUCCCUGUUCUAGUCCUAUGAGUUUCACUGCUAGUGAUUCAGAGCAUUCUCACAAGUUAGUAGUGACCCCAAAGUCACCAUGGCUGCCCUGGGCAUCACAGUUGCCCUGUUGGUGUGGAUGGCCACCCUAAUGCUUAUCUCUGUCUGGAAGCAGAUCUACAGCAGUUGGAAACUACCUCCUGGCCCUUUCCCACUGCCCAUUAUUGGGAAUCUUCUCCAGUUGGAUUUCAAGAAUGUUCCCAAAUCUUUAACCAAGUUGGCAGAGCGGUACGGGCCUGUGUUCACCUUGUACCUGGGCUCCCAGCGCACCGUGGUUCUGCAUGGCUAUAAGGCAGUGAAGGAAGUCCUGCUCGACUACAAGAAUGACUUUUCUGGCAGAGGAGAAAUCUAUGCGUUUGAGGCACACAAGGAAAAAGGAAUUACGUUCAACAAUGGGCCGAGCUGGAAGGACACCCGGCGCCUGUCUCUGAGCAUCCUCCGGGACUAUGGCAUGGGGAAGCUUGCCAAUGAGGAGCGGAUCCAGAGGGAGGUGCCCUUCCUGAUGGAGGCGUUCCGGAAGACCCAGGGACAGCCCUUCGACCCCACCUUUGUUCUGGGCUACGCCCCCUGCAACGUCAUCUCGGACAUCCUCUUCCGCAAGCGCUUUGACUACACGGACCAAACCGGGCUGAGGAUACAGAAGCUGUUCAACGAGAACUUCCACCUGCUCAGCACCAGCUGGCUCCAAUUAUAUAACAUUUUCCCAAGCUAUAUGCGCUACCUGCCUGGAAACCAUAGAAAAGUAAUAAAAAAUGUGUAUGAAAUAAAAAGUUAUACUGCAGCAAGGGUGAAGGAGCACGAGGAGUCGCUGGACCCCAACUGCCCCCGGGACUUCACCGACAGCCUGCUCCUGGAGAUGCGGAAGGAAAGAUACACCAAAGAGCCUUGGUUCACCUUUGACAACAUUGCUGCCACCGUAGCUGACCUGUUUUUUGCGGGUACAGAGACCACCAGCACCACUCUGAGAUAUGGGCUCCUGAUUCUCAUGAAAUACCCAGAGAUCGAAGAGAAACUGCAUGAAGAAAUCGACAGGGUGAUUGGGCCAAGCCGAAUCCCUGCCAUCAAGGACCGGUUAGAGAUGCCUUAUAUGGAUGCCGUGGUGCAUGAGAUUCAGCGAUUCAUCGACCUCUUGCCCUCCAACCUGCCCCAUGAAGCAAUCCAGGACACAAUGUUCAGAGGAUACGUCAUCCCCAAGGGUACGGUCGUGGUCCCAACACUGGACUCCCUCUUGUUUGACAACCAAGAGUUCCCUGAUCCAGAGAAGUUUAAGCCAGAGCACUUUCUGAAUGAAAGUGGAAAGUUCAAGUAUAGUGACUACUUCAAGGCAUUUUCUGCAGGAAAGCGGGUGUGUGUUGGAGAAGGCCUGGCUCGCAUGGAGUUGUUCCUGUUCUUGUCCGCCAUUUUGCAGCACUUUAACCUGAAGCCUCUCGUUGACCCCAAGGAUAUCGAUCUCAGUCCCAUUACAAUUGGGUUUGCCAAAAUCCCACCCCGUUACAAGCUCUGUGUCAUUCCCCGUUCGGGUGUGUGAGGCACACAUGCCCUGAAGACCCCUGUCCUAGGCUCUUUGAUGCAAGCCUGGAGUCUUCCUGCUCUCCCAAAUCCCCUUGGAUGCCUCCAGAAGGACUCUCCCCACACGGUCUCAUCAAGGGCAGUCAGGGCUUCACAGGGAAUAAAUUGGCUCAGAGAUGCCGCUUUCCAGAGUCACAUUCAUCAGACAGAAUUUGACAGCCAAGUCCAAAACAGAUUGUGUAAGACUAAUUAAACAAAUUGAAACAAUUGAUGACCUAGUUGAAUCUGUAUUCGAGUCCCUGGAAACAAGGGUGAGUGAGACCAUUGUAGUGUAAACACCUCUUCUGGGAAAGCAGAGCUACCCAGUCACCAGGGUUCACACAAAGCAAUACAAAUGCUAUUGUGUACUUUGAAAAGGGGGAAGUAAUAUACCUUUGAAGGCCUGUUAGCCACGUCUAAAAUAUAUCCCCUACUGUCUGUCCCUAGGAAAUGAAGGUAUCCCUUUGGACUCACUUGUCAGCAUUCUUCUGGGCUAUAUUUUAUGAUUAAAAUAUGACUGAAAAGUCAACAUAGACAUCUGUUAUCAUCUCUUAAUGUUAAAAUGUGACUUUGUACCUGGAAGAAAAAACUCUAGGCACAUGGGGACCUUACAUGAAAUGAGGCAGAAAUGAGGAAAUCAUUAAUCAGCUCAGUGCAUUAAACAAUGUUGUGAAACAGAAGAGGAAUUUGGAACAAGAGCUUUUUGCCCCCACCCCACUGACACACACCAAAGGUCCCUUUGUGCUUAACCUUCAGGCCCUGACUGACUGUCUGUGGGUGUGCCAGAAGCCCCUCCAUGAAAUAGAGGAUGAGGGCUGCACAGGGUGGUGUGCCGAGCCUUUGGAACACCGUGUGGCACACAGAAAUCCUGCCUAAGUGUUCCUGAAUAAAACGAGUAAUGUUUCAAAGCCA